AUGCUGUGCGAGACGCUGGGCGGCGAUGAGGGCGGCAUUGCAGAGGACGCGGGUUUUGGGGAUGACGGCAUGCAACUGUGCAACAAGGGCUCGCCGCACGCGGGCGAGGCUCUCGCAGGGGCCAGCGACGACGCGUCGAAUGUCGACAGCGUCGGAACCGUCGACGAUCUCGAACCCCUCGAGGAAUUCGACAGCGACUGCGAUCCUGGCGAGGGGCUGAAUGUUGAGUGGACCAGCGACAUCACUGAGGUGAUCUCCAGGGCUGCAGCCGGCAGAUCUGCGCCGACAGAGGACGUCCCUCUGAUCGACCGCGUCGCGAAGGCCGCCCUCGACGCGCUGAAGGGCGGGACUGGCAGCUACAACAGGUUGGCGAAGAUGCUCGACUCGGCGGAGGCGUGGCAGAUCUACAAGACAGAGUUCGGGACCGCCGAUCGCGUGAAGGCCUGGUGGUUGACGCACGAGGCCACGAUGCCAGUACAGCGGGUCGUCCAGCAUGGUCCCACGUCUUCAACAGUGCUGUACCGCAGCACGCACGAUCCAGCGGUGUUCGCGGAGAAGCUCGUGAAGGGGAUGAAGGGCAUGACGACCGCUGAGAUCGACGACCUGUUCAAGCCCGGAAAGCCUGGUCGGACCAAGUUCUACCCCCCCCAGCGAUGCCGCGCGUACCGGGAACUGACCGAGCGAGUCAGGCGCACGACAGGCGACGACGAGGUCCUCGUUCUGGCCAUCAAGUUCUCGUCGGACGACACACCGAACGGCGGCAGCAGCUCCAUUCACCCAUUAUAUGCCACGAUUGCAAACGCCCCCAAGGACGUGCAGCGGUCGUGCGCGCUCCUGGCCGCAGAGUUGCCGAAGAUUCGGACGCCGAGGUCCCCCGCUGCGGCGCGGACGGCUGCGCGGGAGGCGUGGCAGCGCUGCAUGCGCGCCAUCCUUGAGCCCUUCUUGCAAGAAACGCUCCGGCCCGAUGAAUCUGGCAGGGUGGGCGUAAACGUCCGCUUCCCCGACGGCGUGAGCCGCCGCAUCGCGCUCGUGCCGGCCGUGUGGUGCCUGGACAUCCUGGAGAAGAUCGCUCAGGCGUGCCUGCGGUUGCACGCGGACUCGGCGUACCCGUGCUCAAAGUGCAUGGUCAGAAGCGUCUCAAUGCCCCCCGUGGCGGAGAAGCGUCGAUGGGAAGGGAUGAUGCAGAAGAUCGUCGGCGAGGCGCGGGACAUGCCGCCACAGAAGGCGUCGGUCGCGGACGAGCAUUGCCAGAAAAGCGGCAGCACCUACCCUGUGGUGCCCGCCAGCACGCUCUUCGCCGAGUACAUCGACAUGUACCAGAUGUUUUACCCCGACGUCCUCCACGUUUUCUACCUGGGGUGGCCCAAGAAGCUCGUAGUGUGGACGGUGAUGCUUCUGAAGGAAGAGGGCAGCGGCGCGUCGAUCGAGUCCAUCGACAGCGACCUGCACGCCCUGCAGGCGAUCGUCCCAGGGAUGGGCCUUCCCGGGAGGGGCUUCACGAUCGACAAGGAGCGGAGCACGUCGGCGCAGGACGUGGGCACCAUCACGCGCGCGACCGGGCAGCAGCUGCGCACCGUGGCGAUGGUGAUGCCGUUCCUCCUGGAGCGGCACGCCAAUGAGAGCUGCAGGCGCGACCUCGUCGGCGUCUGGAGCCGCUUCCUGCGCGUGCUCGCGCUGAUCCACGAGGAGCAACCGACGCCGACGACAGUCGAGAACUACAAGGUGGAGUACGGCGGCUUCCUCGAUGCCGUGCGCGCGGUCUUUGGAGACCUGCACAACCGUGCCAGGCGGAAGCGGGCGGAGGAGUCGGCGCUCAGGAAGCGGAGCAGAAAGCGGGAGAAGAGGAAGGCGCAGGGCAUCGAGAGCGAUGACGACGCCGACAUGGUCGAGGAUGCUCCGUUCACCCCGAAGGACAUCUGCCAUUUCCCGAAGAGCCACGAGGGCUGGCACAUGGCCGAGCUCAUCGAGGACUGGGGCGGCGGCACGAUGGCCUCGACUGGGAUGUUUGAGGCCAAGCACAGGUCCGUGCAUGGCUUCAACAACCACAACGCGGCCAGUGAGCGGAGGCAGCCCUCCCUGGCGCUGGUGCCGACCGCGCUCUGGUUGCACGCGGCGGCGCGCUGGGGCGUGGACGUGGCGGAGGCGGCCAGGGCGAUGGUCAAGGUCGAAUUCGUCAAGGGCAUCAAACUGGAGGGCACGUGCGGGAUCGCCCCCGCGCACGUCUUCGAGACGACGCCAGCUGCCAACAUGUCGGACGUCCCCACGGGGCCCGUGCAGCAGGCGGACGUGUGGGUGCCCGUCGAGGGGGGCAAGGACAGGAUUGGCCGCCUGGUGGCGGUCGCGCGGGUGAAAGACCUCGCCGACGUCGCCGUGAUACAGAUGUUCAGCAAGACGAACGCCGACGACGGUCAGCGGGUGGACCAGCGGCGCUCGUCCGGGCUGGGGGCCAAGCGGGUCGUGUGGGCGGCCAGGAACGAGGCGAUCCGCGGGAAAACCGUCACGUGUCCGGAGCUGUGCGUCGUACCUGUGUCGAGUAUCACGCGCAGGGUGCUCCUGCACGCCGUGGAGGACAGGCAGGCCGGCGAGCGCGGUGUGGUGGAUGACCGCCAUCUUUGGAACGCCGCCAGGAUCGGCGGUAACUUCACACGCACCGUGUUCGCCGUCAACGACUACGUUCACAUCCUGACGUAG